CUCUUCUACAACUCCCACUCUGACCGACCGCCACAGCCGCUUCGCACUUGCGUGCAUGGAGCCGCUGCCGGCGUCGCUGGAGCUCCGCGCCACGCGCCACGCGGGCCGGGGCCUCUUCGCACGAAGAGGCUUUGCCGAGGGCGAGAGGACGCUCCAAGCGGCGCCGGUGAUGGUGGCGAUACGGAAGCAUGCCAAAGGGCUGCGGUGCCGGAAGUGUUUGAGCAGCAGCGAGGAGGACUGGCCCUACCAGUGUUCGAGCUGCGGCUCUACGUGGUGCUCUGACGCCUGCCGCCGCUCGGAUGGGCCCAAGCACGAAUUCGAGUGCGCCCUGUUGCAAGGCCUCGAGGAGCAGAAGAAGGUCUCAGCCGAGGUUCGGGACAACGUGGCCUUGUUGAUCUCUCUACAUGCUUUUGCGGCCUCAGCCACUACUCUCGAGGCGCAUCAUGGUGCCGGUACAGUGAGUCGGGACAUUGAAGUGAGCCAAAGAGCUACAGCUGGAAAAGGCAAAGCACGAUAAAGCAACUCUCAGUGAACAAGAACCGACCUAUUUUCCUCAACUGAAGAAGGUGAACAGUACGUAAGCACGCAAAAGCGAUAAUAUAUUAAUAAGUGCAAGUUUGAAGAUGAACUUCACUAAAUGAGGUUGUAGCAACUGCAAGAAAGUUUGAACAGUGUUGUUUUGCACUGCGAUGCUGCUGCUUCCGUUGAUUUAGACUUAACGCUCAUACAUGACCUUCAUUAUACAACGUACAUGCUUGCUGUUUGCUUGAUAUUUCUUUUGCUUUGGGGAUCUUGACUUUGCUGCAUGCAUCUCUUUUUCAACUUCGGCAAAUCUGUUCGUUUCGAGGUGUUUGAAAGGAUUGGCCCUCCCUGCGUUUGUCCGGGGCUUCUGGCAAGUACCAAUGGCUGCAUGAGGUGU